CUUCAUGAGAGGGUUCACAAGCUCCCUCUCUCUCUCUCUCUCUCUUCCUCUCUAUCUGCCUGACUAAAAGCGUUCCUAAUAGUCGUAACUCCAUCAUCUUUUUGAUAAAUAUUUAGCAUUUGGAAAGCUGGACACCUCACAUGACAGUCCCUCCUCCUUCUCUGUGUCUCUGGCUUUUUCUGCUUUUCGGUGGCUGUUUGGCUUCAGUGGGACUUUGCCAUCGCUCUACAAUGACUGCUGUAGUUGUAGUCGUCCUGCAGUGAGCAUUCCGAGGUUAUGCUGCCCGAAAGUUCCCAGUUGAGUCUGAGUAAAAGAGAAAAGGGCUAAAGCCGGAGCACUUUAAAGCAUCUCCCACAAAUCUGACCAUAAGCAAUGAGUGACCCUCAGGAUGCCAGUGACGUCACUUCUGCCGCAGGCUUGACCAGACAUUUGCCUAUUGCAGUGCAGCCUCCCCCUCAGCGAUGUGAUGAUGAAGAUGAAGGGGAUUUAAAUAAGACACUGGGAGUCCAGCGUUUCCAGCAGAUCCUCACACCGCCUCAGCGCCUGCCCACCGAACAACACCGCACUUUUAACGAGGAGGACUUUGAGUAUCAUCGUCACACCUCUCUGCACAUCCACCACCCUCUGUCUAAACACCUCCCUGAUGGCCGAAGGAAGAAACCCGGGAGGAAGAGGAAGGACUCAGGUCGGAGGAGGAGUUCAUCCAUGGGAGCAGCUCCGCCAAUAGAUGAGGAUGAUGAGGAUGAAGAAGCGGAUGAGGAUUCCUGCAGCCAGCAGGACAGAGAGGGCAAUGUCACCACUACACCUACACCAGACACAGACACAGAGGACAGAGAGCGGGCACAGUUUUUUGUAUCAGAAGAUGAUCCCAAAAAGAAUGGUGAAGUCUCAUCUCAUCGAAAACCGUCAAUCACGUCCCAUUCAAAACUACACACCAGCAUCAGCAUCCCAGAGGAUGUGACGGGAGCCUCGGGCAGACGUUGGGGUCGUAUUCCGCCCAAUGGCAGACGAGUGUCCGCACCCUGUUUGUUUCCAAGCGUGAGUUCGCCAGAUGGCAGCUGUAAGACCGGCCGCAGUUAUGAUCUGCAGGAGCGCCGACGCACAGGCAACAUGACGGGCGCCACGCUGUCACACUACCAACAGAUGCCCACUGAUGAGAGUGAAGCAAAGACACUCGCUACUGUUGAUCUGGAUGGCAUUAAGAGUCACAGAUUUGAAGAUGUCCCAGGUGUGCGGCGGCACCUGGUUAAGAAGAGCGCUAAAGGACAGGUGGUUCACAUCGGCAAGGACUACAAAGAGUUCAGCAGUCGUAUUCGGACCAAGCUGGAUCGAACUCCACAUGAGAGGCGAUCAUGGCCCUGUUACAUGGACCACAGGGUUCAUCGUGCCCAGCAGCUGAAGGUUUUUGUUGAGCUGAAUGAAUUACUGAUGGAUAAGAACCAGGAGAUGCAUUGGAAAGAAACUGCUCGUUGGAUAAAGUUUGAAGAGGAUGUUGAGGAGGAGACUGAACGCUGGGGGAAACCUCAUGUGGCUUCACUCUCGUUCCGCAGCCUGCUGGAGCUCCGCAAGACCAUUUCACAUGGUGCGGUGUUGCUAGAUCUGGACCAGAAGACCCUGCCUGGCAUUGCUCAUCAGGUUGUGGAGCAGAUGAUAAUCUCUGAUCAGAUCAGAGCACAUGACAGAGCCAAUGUGUUGCGAGCCCUUCUCCUCAAACACAGUCAUCCGAGUGAUGGCAAAGAGCACAGCUUGUUUAACCGGAACAUUUCAGCGACCAGCCUUGGCUCUCUCAUCUCUCAUUAUCACAGCACUAAUCAUAUCGGUGCACCAGAGCUUCCUGCCACAGACCCGCUCAUUGGGGGACUGCGCAACUUUGAGUCACGCAGUAGUGUAGAUUAUGUAGAGAAGAACGAGAAAGACUCUCCACAGUUUUUUGGUUUGCACAAGACCAAAUCAAAACAUGAGCUGAAGUUGCUUGAGAAGAUUCCAGAAGAUGCAGAAGCCACCGUUGUUCUUGUUGGCUGUGUGGAUUUCCUGGAUCAGCCCACCAUGGCUUUUGUGAGACUAAAGGAAGCGGUUCUGUUGGAGUCAGUUCUGGAAGUGCCGAUUCCAGUGCGGUUUCUGUUUGUGCUACUUGGCCCACCGAGUGCCAACAUUGACUACCACCAAAUCGGCCGCUCCAUAUCGACACUUAUGUCUGAUAAACACUUCCAUGAGGCGGCGUAUUUAGCGGACGGACGCCAGGAUCUACUGACCGCCAUCAACAGCUUCCUGGACUGCAGUAUUGUGCUGCCUCCAUCUGAGGUUGGAGGAGACGAGCUGCUGCACUCCAUCGCCCGCUUCCAGAAAGAGAUGCUGCACAAGAGACACGAGCAGGAGGUUAAACUACAGGCCAAAGAGCCCAAGAGCCCAGAUGACAUCGCUUUACAACCUCCUCUGAAACCUGAAGAUGACCCUCUUCGGAGGACAGGGAGGCUGUUUGGUGGUGUUAUCCGAGAUGUGCGGCGCCGAUACCCCAAAUACAUCAGUGAUUUUAAGGAUGCGCUGAGUCCUCAAUGCAUGGCUACUGUCAUAUUCAUUUACUUUGCUGCUCUCUCUCCUGCCGUUACCUUUGGAGGACUAUUGGGUGAGAAGACCGAUGGUUUGAUCGGUGUGUCAGAGCUGAUCAUUUCCACUGCUGUUCAGGGAAUGUUGUUCUGUCUCCUCGGAGCUCAACCUCUGCUCAUCGUGGGCUUCUCUGGACCCCUGCUAGUGUUUGAAGAGGCCUUCUAUUCAUUUUGCAAGUCCAAUGACCUUGAGUAUCUGACGGGCCGCAUGUGGAUUGGGAUGUGGUUGAUCAUCAUUGUGUUACUCACUGUGGCCUUUGAAGGGAGUUUCUUGGUGCGAUUUGUGUCACGCUUCACCCAAGAGAUCUUCUCCAUCCUCAUCUCUCUCAUCUUCAUCUACGAGACCUUCUUCAAGCUUGGCAAAAUCUUCAUGGAUCAUCCUCUCAGAAGCUGCUCCGGUCCAGAAGAAAAUGCCACCUCUUUAUCAACAGGCUCCAAUGACAGCAGGUCUACAGGUGCUUCUCAAACACUAAACCAGCCUAACACAGCCCUCCUGUCCCUGGUGCUCACGUCAGGCACCUUCUUCAUUGCCUACUAUCUGCGCAAAUUCAAGAACAGUGCUUUCUUCCCCGGCAGGCUGCGAAGGGCUAUCGGAGAUUUUGGAGUUCCUAUUGCCAUCUCCACCAUGGUGUUAUUGGACUACAGCAUUAAGGACACUUACACACAGAAACUGAACGUGCCUGACGGCUUCUCGGUGACCAGCCCUGACAAGCGUGGUUGGUUUAUACACCCGCUGGGCUCUGAUGGUCAGUUCCCUAUUUGGAUGAUGGGUGCCUGCAUUUUACCAGCCUUGCUUGUCUACAUCCUCAUCUUCAUGGAGACUCAGAUCACCACUUUGAUAGUGAGUAAGAAGGAGAGGAUGCUGGUGAAGGGUUCCGGAUUUCACUUGGACCUGCUGAUCAUAGUGGUUUCUGGUGGGAUUGCAGCUCUGUUUGGUCUGCCGUGGUUGACCGGUGCCACCGUUCGCUCUGUAACUCAUGCAAACAGUCUGACGGUGAUGAGCAAAGCCGUCGCACCUGGAGACAAACCACGCAUUCAGGAAGUAAAAGAGCAGAGAGUCACUGGGUUUCUGGUGGCUCUUCUAGUAGGCCUCUCAAUUGUGAUUGGAGAUUUGCUGCGGCAGGUUCCUAUCGCUGUGUUGUUUGGUAUUUUCCUCUAUAUGGGAGUGAUGUCUCUCAAUGGCAUCCAGCUAACAGAACGCAUGAUGCUGCUAUUCAUGCCACCGAAAUACCACCCCGACCACACAUACGUCCGGAAGGUGCGAACCCUCCGAAUGCAUCUGUUCACGUGUCUUCAGCUGGUGUGUCUGGCUGUUUUGUGGAUUGUAAUGUCAACCGCAGCUUCGCUGGCCUUCCCGUUUGUCCUGGUCCUCACUGUGCCAUUCAGAAGGUUCCUGCUGUCCCGGAUAUUUUCUCAUCGCGAGAUUCAAUGUCUCGAUGCAGACGACGCAGAGCCCACGUUAGAUGACAAAGACGGUCAAGAUGAAUAUACAGAGAUGCAAAUGCCAGUAUGACCUCAUUCCUGGACUGAUCAAACUUUCUUUUCAGGUCCAAACUUUACUGCCUGUCUUUCUUUUCUUUAAUCAAAUUUUUUGUGUCAUUUUUGUUUCCCCCGUUGUGUUUCUGCUUAACUGAUAGAAACAGUAUAUUUAUAGCUGUGUAAAAGUGUUCAAUAGUCGCUCGCUGUCAUUUGUUUCUCUCCGUCUUUCUCACUUGUGCUGUCGAUCUGUUUAUUUAUCAGAGUCCAAAUGUUCUAUGUUGUGUGUUUUGUGUAGGGUUAAAUGGAUAAAUUAAAUGAUGAUCUCACAUUAGCUCAAAAUGAUACAGGAAGCACUUUAAGAUCAGCUUUAAAACAAAUGAAGCCUUUUCUACUGCUUGUUAACGUUCUCCUAAAAAAUGAACAACUGUACAGAAGAAAAUGAAUGCAAACUCUAUAUGUCAGAUAUUUUUGUAGCUAAAAGAAAUACAGAUUUAUUCUACAUUCAGCUCAAAUAUAUAGCAACUAGCAGCAAAACAAUCGUUUUUUUCUCAGUUAUAUGUUGUAGUUUCAAAACUGUUGCAAUACUGAAGCUACACUCUCAAAAAUAAAGGUACAAAGUCUGUCUGGGGGUUGCUUGGCAAUUCAUUUUAUCAAACUAUUAGAAUUACCAUAUUUUUCCAUAACCUACUGAAGAACAAUAUAGUAGUUAAUAGCAGCAUUGUUAACAUGUUAGCAAUAAACACUAAAAAACAACAUGCAAAUAAAAAGCCAUCAGCCUUUCCGUUUUAUUUUUUGCCACCCCUGGGGUGAUUACGGGAUGUUUUCUAAACAAAUUUCAGGAGGAGCAUGGUCAGUCUUUGACGAGGCUAAUUCAUCAAGGACAAUCAUUCUAUUAUCCAAUUAGCUCAAGACCAAACCCUUAUAUUUAAUCAAACACGUCAUACCUUGGUUUCUUUUGAUUUCAGCGUCCCUCCACCACCCCAGCUCCACACUAUUAAAAUCGAUACCUACCUAAAUCUGAGCAGGGGGAGCGUUCUAGAGCUGGGUUAGACACUGCGCUCGGACCCUACCUCUCUCUAUCCUGAUAAGGGGAAUAACACAAGUUAGGGUGUCCACUCAAGCUCAGAGCUCUCUCCCCGGACAGCACACCAAAUACGCAUAUUCUACUCAGUCAAAUAUCUGUGAGUGUGAAGUCAUGAAGUUAUAUUAAAGGCACAGCAAGGGCAUCAGAUGCUGCAGAUUGAUUUUAUGGCACCAGGUUGAACUUUCUGACACCUUUACAGCACCCACAUACAUUAAAAAUAAAUACAGGCCACAACUGAACAUGGAACAUGGAAGAUGGUCUCCGAGUGGCGUUUUGCAAAAUUAAUAGAUGAAAAGACUUGGACCUAUUGGUAUGUGUGUGCGCUGUUGUGUGCAAGGUCUUAUAUUUAUAAACAUCUCAAAGAAUACUGGGGGUCGCGAGCCAUUAGCAUUGUUAUUUUGGGGGUCGCUGGCUGAAAAGUGUAGGAACCCUUGAUUUAAGGUACUGUGAGAUACUUUUUAGGUAUUCCUUUGUACUUUCAAGGUGGCUCAGUGGUUAGCACUGGUCGCUGAUUCGAGUCCUGGCUGGGUCAUUUGGCUUUUCUAUGUGGAGUUUGCAUGUUCUCCCCAUGUUCGCAUGGGUUUCCUCUGGCUGCGCGGGUUUCCCCGACAGUCUAAAGACAUACUGUACGCCAUAGGUGAAUUGGGUAAACUAAAUUGUCAGUAGUGUAUGAGUGCGUGUAAAUGGGUGUGUGUUACGACUAGAAGGGCAUCCGCUGCGUAAAAUAUUUGCUGGAGUAGUUGGCGGUUCAUUAGGCUGUGGAAAACCACUGAAAUAGAGAGUAGGCCAAAGAAAAAAUAAUGAAUGUUCCUUUUAGGAACCAAAAUGUACCCUUAGCCCAGAUUUUGUACCUUUAUUUCUAAGAGGGUGUUUUCCUCAGCAGAGGCCUGUGAGUUUAUAUCACAUCAACAUUCUGAGAAUCGUAUUUUAAUAGUUACAAUAAUAUAUAAUAAAUAUAGAGAAUUUUAUAGUGGAUUUUAUUUGUGUCGUUUUUGUGCGAGAAAACGAAAGAGAAAAAAGCCGGUCGAUGUUAAAAGGAAAUGGUUUUAUGGCGUUCUCAAGGUUGAUCUCUGCCAGAUUAAAUAAUGUUGUAAGGACUGAAAUUUUACCGAGCACACUUGUGAAAUAAUCUGAUGCACUACUGUUUUUAUUUUUUAAAUAUAUAUAUAAAGAAGCUCCAUAGGUUAAUAUUUGCCAUUUGAGGUACAGAACUGGAAUGUAGAUAAGCAAGAAAUAUAAAAGAAGUGUAUUUGGUGAUGCUGUAAUGAUGUCUUAUGUACAUUCCAGUGGCCAAGAUGAUCUUGCUGAUAAUUAUUUUUAUAAAGAAGGGACUACAUCUAAGCUGUUAUUUAAUCUGUUGUGUGCUUAUGAAUGUCAAACUGUGUGUUUGUUCCUCCUGCUGAGCUCAUUCUCAUAGGCAGGUGUGCCUUUUUCACUUGAUGAUGAUUCCUUUGACGUACAAAGUUACUUUCACAAAGCUGAAUAAAGUGACCUUAGCAAGUGAAGACGUCAUGCGUGAAUGCGGAAGAGUUGUUUGAUUACUGAUUAUUGGUAUAUUGGAAAGCCAGUGAUGUUGGUGUCUUUUAGCUUUGUAAAUAAAGAAAGGCCAGAAUCUAAUAAAGUAAUGCUGAUUUUA